GUACAGUCCUAAGCGUUGCUAAGACUACCAAGUGGUCAACUACCUGCCACAAAUACUAGUUAAAGUAUAAAGCAUAUCUAUAUCGCAUUCGGAUAGUUAUAUCAUUGAGAAAAGUGUAAACCGAUGGAAGUGGCGCAUCAUUUGCGAUUCACGUUUCUUUGAUCCUUUUGAUAAAUUAAUUAAAGCAUUGAGAUACAAGAAAUUAAUUGAUUUUGCCAUCUGUAUUAAAAUAACUGUAUAAAUAUAAUUUCAUAAAUCUAAAUCCUUUACGGGUUUUCGUAUCAUAUAAAAAGUUUGGAAUGAUCUAUAACAAACAUUUAUGUGAAAGUUACGCUAUUUUUAUUCAGAAUGCAUUAUAGAAGGGUGCUUACUGAAAGGUUUACGAAAGAGAAGAUUCUUCUUCUGGCAACAUUUUUUCUCUUAACGAUUGGUUUUUCACGAGGUAUAAAUUGCAGUGGUGAUCCCUGCAUGUACGGAAUUUGUUUAGAAGACGCGAACAGCACUUAUUCUUGCUACUGUAUCGACGGUUACACUGGAAUCAAUUGCGAGAUCAAUUGGAAUGAUUGUUGGUCGAAUCCUUGCCUCAACGGAGGGACAUGCAGCGAUGCUGUUGCAGCUUAUAAUUGCACCUGUACUGAAGGGUUUGUAGGUAUAAAUUGUGAACAAAGAUAUAGCGAAUGUUCGAAUCAACCAUGCCUGAAUAACGGGACUUGCCUCGAUUACGAUGGUAUUACCUGUCAAUGUCCCGAUGGAUAUUCAGGAGACUAUUGCGAAAUCGAUGCUUCGGUUUGUAACGAUACAAUAUGUAAAAAUGGAGGUGAAUGCGUGGAAGGACCUGGAUUCUCUUUUUUUUGUCGCUGCUUGGAAGGUUGGACAGGUCGAUUGUGCGACGAAGAUAUUGACGAAUGCAUCACGUCACCGUGUAAGAACGGUGGUCUUUGCAUUAACAUUCCUGCUUCGUACACUUGCGCUUGUUUAUUUGGAUAUACUGGUAAAGAUUGCGAUAAAGCCAUCGUACCGUGCGAAGAGAAUCCUUGCGAAAAUGAUGCAAUAUGCUUAUUUGAAGACGAGCGACCAGUCUGUUACUGUGUACCAGAUUAUCAUGGUGCGUUAUGCGAACUAAAAUACGACGACUGUGAGUCGAAAUUUGCAAAUUGUGAGAACGGAGGCACUUGUAUCGACGGUAUCAAUAGCUUCACUUGUGCUUGCCCAACGUUCUACAGUGGACCAUUUUGCAAUGUCUACGAUCUUCCAUCGACUUUCUCCACUAUGGAAGAAACGCUCGAGACUGAUAACGAUCAAAGGAGUAUUACUCUUACUUCUUUUACACCAAAAUCAUCGACACUGUCAGAAAUCGAGACAUCAUCGUCGAUUACUGCCUCCACGACAGCACAGUCUUCGACUUCUCCUAAAAGCACUAGUCGUCUCUACACAAUAUGGUACCCUUUUAUAGAAACGUCUUCGACUGAUAAGAGUUUCAACUUUCUUAGUAGCAGUAGCGAUACCACCAUUAGUAGCAAUAUUGGCGGUAGCACCACAGAAAGUACUCCGUUUGUUACCGAUGUCUCAGCUGUGUAUUCUGUUACAAGUAAAGAGAUAUCUCAAACUGAAACAGUCUCGUUAGAACCUCGAACGUUUCCCAGUGUUUCAAGUGAAGUCUAUUCGGUAACGUCGCCGAUAAAAGUUGAGACGGAAUAUUUGACACAGAAAUCGAUUCACAAUGAAACGACUACGACUGAAAUUAUUUAUCAAGAGAACGGUGACAGGAUGUUCACGUCCACCGGCAAUACGACUCCUGAAAGUAGUAGCACGACGAGAUAUGUUCCAAGUACAGGGCAUUAUCCAGAUGUAACUGCAUCUGUUGGAAGAACGACAGAGGAAUCUACGACGACAGAAAGUGAAAGAAAUAAUGGUUCAUUCCCUACCGUUGCAUCGUCCUCCAAUUUUACAGAGUUUUGGCAAAGUAAAAGCUCUGACUCGAGUACGCCAAUAAUAGAAGUGCCAAGAACUAUACCUCCGACAUUUACGGAUAAGUGGACCUCUACAGAAUUAACAAAAUCUUCAAGUACAGAAGUGGAAAGUUCUACGUCCGCCUUCGCUAACAAUAUCUCUUCAUCUGUAAUAACUAGUAGCUCUGUAAAACCGAUAUACGAUGAGAAUACUACCGAUAGCGACCAUGAACAAUUUUCAACGAAAAUUGAAUCACCAACAACUUCAAAAAGUACCAUAAUUUCUGAAUGCCAUGGAAUUUUUUGUUCAAGUUCCACAAUAUCACCUACGCGCAAUGAUAGCGAUUGUAACUGUUCACGCCGUGAAGAUUGUAAACCCGGAUCAAGUAUAAUACGGGCGGCGUUUAAUGGAAAAUCUUACGCGAGACAACACGUUGAUGUAGAAAUUUCAAACGACAAUAACGCAACGUUAAAAAUUUUUGUCAAACUUCGAACACGAUAUAAGGAUGGCAUUAUAUUACAUGUUUAUUUUGACGAUGAAAAAUACGCGUUGAUAUAUUUAGAAUAUGGUUCUUUAAAGUUUCAAUUCUCCUGCGGACUUGAAACUAUGUUAUUGGGUGAAAUAGAUUCGCCUAUCGAUAACGGGUAUGAAGCGGAUAUUGAUACAAGGUUUCAAUAUUUCAUGAAAAAUGAAACUAACAAAUGUUCGGCUCGUUUGCUAGUAAAUGGAACAACGGCAGUCAGUGGAGAACAAACUUUACCAUUACGUGGAAGUCUUCCACGACAUGCCAAUUUACAUUUAGGUGGUAUACCAUUGAUAUUUUCUCACUAUUUCGCUCACGUCUCUAUGGGAUUUACUGGCUGUAUGAACUCAUUGAAAAUAAACGAUAUACCACGUCAUUUCAUCCGUGAUUCCACAGAAACGUUUCAAAUUGAAGAUUGCACAUCGUUUCUGUGCUUAUCAAAUCCAUGUCAAAAUUUUGGUGCGUGCGAAGAAAUAAAUGGUGCAAUACGUUGUAGAUGCAUAGCUGGAUAUACAGGCCCAUUUUGUGAACGUUCAACGUGCGAUGAAAAUCCUUGUGCCUUGGGUGCAACUUGUAUUAGUUCACCGGGUACGGGUUUCGUUUGCGUUUGCCCACUUGGAACUCAUGGGCUCUUAUGCGAAGAAGAUACUGUUAUAAUGCGACCAUCAUUUUCUGUACUUGUACCUGGAUUCUCAUCAUACAUUGCUUACGGCAUUUCAAAUUCUAUAAAAGAUGCAAUGGAAUUGAAAUUGAAGGUCAUACCGCGUACUUACGAACAAAUAUCUUUGAUAGCUUAUUUAGGACAAAGUGGAUCACGUCAAGAUUUAUCCGAUCAUCUUUCCAUAACAUAUGUUCGUGGUUAUAUUAUGUUAACCUGGGAUUUAGGAGCAGGCGUUCGUAGAAUAUUUACAAACGUUCCCUUGAGUGCUGCAACAAUGGCAGCAACAGCAAGUAAAAGUCAUAUAGCAUAUACGAUUAGAAUUGGAAGGAAGGGUCGAGAUGCAUGGCUUGCAGUGGAUGGUAUAGGCAAUAUAACUGGGCGAGUGGUUGGAACCAUGACGCGACUCGAUGUAUCACCAAUACUUUAUAUCGGUGGACACAAAUCAAAAAAUUUUGAGUCUUUACCUCACGAUUUGCCCCUUCAUACUGGAUUUUCUGGUUGUAUAUUUGACAUUGAAUUACGCACAGAAACUGCUAUUUAUCCAAUAACCAAUUCAAGUCCUGCAACAGGUCGUGGUGUUGGUGAAUGUCAUAGAAAUGAAUGCAUUCGUCAUUUAUGCAAAAAUGGUGCAGUAUGUUUAAAUCAUGGACCUACAUACAGUUGUAUUUGUACAAAAGAAUGGAUGGGAUCUGACUGUUCCAUACCAGUAGAGGCAUUAUCUUCUGUUGACCCAUCUUCUUGUCAUACUUCAAACUAGUAAAAAUAUUGUUACUGUUUCAUUUCAUUCCAAUACACCACAUGUACAAGUUUUGUACAAAAUUUAUUCAAUUAAUCUUUAUAAAUUAAUCAACAUUCUUAUUAUCUAUUUUUGGUUGACAUGACACAGAAUAAGAGUUCAAAUGCACAAAUAAGAUAGCUGCAGCUAAACGAGCUUGUAAGUCAUAUUUAUUUUGAUCAUGGAACCAUUCUACAGAACCCCAAUGAGAAAUCUACAACAAAAAGUAAAGUAGCAUUCAGCAGAGAAACAUAUUGGCUGUAAACUUUUUAGUAUACAAAUUAUUAUACACACUUGAUAAUUUUCCUCCAAGCGGGAUUGCCUUACUGCUUCCUCUAUACUAAUUAUUCUUUCUGCUGCAGCUAGGGUAAGGAUUACAGAUUUGAUUGCAUCCACUCCAUACAUAAAACCUACAAAUAUAAUAGUUUCAUUAACAUUGAUUGCAUAUUUGUAUAUAUUAAUAAGAAAAUCAUUUACCAUAAACUGCACUAUAAUUGUAGGACAUUAAGUGUCUUGUCAAUACUGUUUUAGUUUCUGAAGAUACAGUAGGAGCUUCUAUACUCUGAGUUUUAACCAAAUUCACCCCAUAUUUGUCACAAAACCAUUGUACUAGUGGAUCCCAAUUUUCAGUUUGUAUUUUGUAUAAUUCUUCAUUUUCCUAUAAUUAUUCUCUGUUUAAUAAAUGUCUUACAUCAUAUAAACAACAUUACACAAUAUAACAUAUUUACGUAUGAGUGAAAUAGUACUGUAUCCAUUUCCAGACAAUUCACGAUGUAAUUUGCCAUAUCUUGCUUUGUAUGAUUGUUAGGAUUAUCUAUUACAGUAUUACACAGGGCUGUCUGUAAAAUUGAAUAUAUAAAUAUAUUAGAUCUUGUUUAUUAAA